ACUGUUGUUACAUUACAUUUGAAAAAUAAAAUAAAAAUUAGUAUAAUAAGAUUGACUAAUGCCAAUUUCAAAACCCAUUGGUAAAAAACUUUAUUUUUUCUUUUAUACAUGCAACAGCACUGUAAGAAUUUAACAAUGAUUUUUUUAAAGGAGGACCCUUGAUCUGAUUUGGCAAAUUAAAAAACAACAACUCAUUUUCACAUUUAUCCCCUUAUUAUUAAAGGAUAAAUAUUUUUAAAAACAACAUUAAUUUUAUGUAUUAUUAACAAGUUUGUCAUUAUGUUUAUGUGUCAACACCUCAAGCCUUCUCACACCACAUUUUAAACAACUAUUUAUUUACUAGAAAAAAUACAACGUAUGCCAUUAAUCCCUAUUCAUUAUAUCAUUAUCAUUUAUUAUAUCAUUUAAAAAAUAUAUUAGUUUAAAUGUAUUCUCAUAUCAGAUUCGUAACUAUACAUAUAGAAACCAACUAAUAUAUCGUGUAUGAAAUUUCUGAUUCCUUAAAUGACAAUUACAUAUAUUGUCAUGUGUAUAAGCUUCGUUUGCAAAAUACAAUAUACAAUAACCAACUAAUAUAUCAUGUAUGAAAUUUAUGAUUCUUUAAAUGUUAAUUACAUACAUUGUCAUGUGUGUAAGCUUCGUUUGUAAAAUACAAUAAUUUUUUUUUGUAAUCAAAAUAUACAAUAAUUUUGUAUGUACGAAGUUACACAAAUUAUAUAAGUUUAAUAUUUUGCAUUUUACUCACUAUUUUCUGUAAAACAAAUUUGUAUUUGUAUAUAUGUCACCCCGAGCAUGCCAAGCUUAUCCCAUACCUUCCCAUUCAUUUUUCAAAAGCUGCAUUAACUUCUCCAUUUAAUUCUCUUAUUUAAACUUUAAGACUCUGUGGGCGAAUUCAUGCAUGCACCAAUAGAUACGCUCUAUGCAAUGUAGAUUAUGAGUAUGGGUAGGUUAGCUUCUUAAAUGCAAAUCCUUCUCCUUCUUCCUUUUUUAAUCACUAUAAAUUGCUCUUCUUCUCACUAUCCACUCCACUCUCACCCCAUAAACUAGUUCACAUAAAAUAAAAAUAAAUAAAAAGUUAGUUCUUCAUGUGCAUUGCUCAGAUGAUUCUUCUAAAGUUCACAGACGAUGUUCCCUUUUGUAUUCUUAGCACGGUUUGCAUCAUGUUAAUUAGAGCGAUAAAAAUAGCUUUCUUGGGGUUAUUCAUCCUCAUUCUUGCGUCUGUUAGUGUUGUGGUUGCCGCCAUUGCAGGAGCCACGGAAGGUCACACCACAGAUAUUGGAUUUAUUCGAGGCGGUUUGCUAGGAGUUGUAGUUGGAGUUAUCACCGCGGUCCAACUCUUUGGACUGAUGCUACAUGGUGAUCAGUCUUUGUCCAAGGUUAGUGCUUUAAUGAGGAGAAUAAUGAAUGGGAAAGCCAUCAUGGGAUUGGUUAGACCAGCUGUGCUCAAAGCAUAUCAAUGGCAAAUAAUGGGAGUGGACACAAGUUAUUUGGAGAUAUCAGACAUGUACCACUAUGACCAAGAACCAAAAGGGUUAUCGGUGAACUCUAUCAAGAACAUCCCCACGUUUUACUUCAGUUGUUCAGGUGAUCAUCAAACAACUUCGAGUUGUUCGAUUUGCUUACAGGAUUGGGAAGAAGGACAAGUGGGAAGAAAGCUAGAGAGAUGUGGCCACACGUUUCAUAUGAAAUGCAUAGAUGAGUGGUUCCUUAGGCAAGUCAGUUGCCCCAUUUGUAGAGACCAUCUUUCAUAACAUUUUUACAUAAUUAAAGAUGUAUUUUCCUAAGCAAUUCCAUGUAAAAAUAUGCUAAAACAUUUCUCACAUCAUUUCUCUUGGACCUUAGUAACAUGCGAUACUGCUAUUCCUUAAUAUUAAUCGGGAAUUUUUUAAACUAA